AGAUCUAUGAUGGACGAGAGCUCGGCUCAGGAAGGUAACCAUCUCGGCAACGAGGCUGGUAUGCUGUACGGAGAGUACCUGAUGCUGGACAAACUACUCUCAGCUCAGAGGAUGCUCAGCUCCGAGUCCUCUAAGCCAGUGCAUGAUGAGCAUCUGUUUAUUAUCACUCAUCAAGCCUACGAGCUAUGGUUCAAGCAGAUAAUAUUCGAGGUAGACUCUGUGCGGGCAUUGUUGGACGUGGAGGGACUGGACGAAAGCCACACCAUGGAGAUACUGAAGAGGCUCAACAGGGUCGUGCUCAUAUUGAAGUUGCUGGUGGACCAGGUGAUGAUUCUGGAGACGAUGACUCCCCUGGACUUUAUGGACUUCAGGAACUACCUCCGUCCUGCCUCCGGUUUCCAGAGCUUGCAGUUCCGUUUACUUGAAAACAAGCUGGGUUUAAAACAAGCCUUGCGAGUGAAAUACAACCAGAGUUACCAGACGGUGUUCGGAGACGACCCUGAGGCCAUGGAGGCAUUGCACAAGUCCGAGCAGGAGCCAGCGUUAUUAGCUCUGAUCGAGCGCUGGUUGGAACGGACACCAGGUCUCAAUACACACGGCUUCAACUUCUGGGGCAAAUUCCAAGCAGCCGUCAGCAAACUCAUCAAGGAUGAUAUUGAUGCUGCUUCGCAUGAGACCAACGAGACAGUCCGUCGCCACCGCCUGCAGGAUGCAGAGAAUCGGCGCGAGAUAUAUCGCUCCAUCUUCGACCCCGCUGUACAUGACGCGCUCAGGUCCAGGGGAGAAAGGAGGUUGUCCCACAAAGCGUUGCAGGGAGCCAUCAUGAUCACGUUCUACAGAGACGAGCCUCGGUUCUCCCAGCCGCACCAACUCCUCACACUCCUCAUGGACAUCGACAGCCUCAUCACCAAGUGGCGAUACAACCACGUGAUCAUGGUGCAGCGUAUGAUUGGAUCCCAGCAGUUGGGCACUGGCGGCUCCUCAGGAUACCAGUACCUCCGAUCCACUCUCAGUGAUCGCUACAAAGUCUUCUUAGAUCUUUUCAACCUGUCAACGUUCCUGCUACCUCGCUCUCUGAUACCUCCACUAGAUGAUAACAUGAAGAAAAGCCUAACCUUAACAUGGGGCGACAAAGAAAAUGGACAAAACAUGCAAAAUGGCGCACAUUCCCAAAAUUCUCAGAAAGAAACAAACGGCGAUGUUCCCGAAACAACAUUAUGGCAAUAG